CACUCACACUCACUCCAACGCCUCUAACAAGCCAAGUCUGCUCAGUCAGGCUUUGCUGAGUUGACCAAGCCAUCUGUCCCUAUUGACAAGAUCCAACGUCUUUUUUCAUCACCUCGCACACAACCGGAAUGGACACAAGCGAUCGCUGCAGUGGCAGAGUCAGCAGAAAGAUGAGGAAACCACUGGUGGAGAAGAAACGACGAGCUCGCAUCAACGAGAGUUUACACGAACUCAGGGUUCUCAUGGCGGAUACAGAAAUACAAUCAAAGAUGGAGAACGCCGAAGUGCUGGAAAUGACGGUGAAACGAGUGGAGAGCAUCCUGCAAAAUCAGGAUCAAGAAGCGGACACCAUCAACCGGGAGGCGUGCGAGCGCUUCACUGCAGGUUACAUCCAGUGCAUGCAUGACGUGCACACCUUUGUGUCCAGCUCCCCGUGGAUUGACCCCACAGUCGCUGCCGAGCUGCUCAGCCACCUCCUGGAGAGCAUGCCCCUGCACGGCCAGGACCGCAUCCGUGUCACGCUGACAGAUGCACUGCUAUCUCCUGGGCUUGCGUCCCCGAACCCGUCAUGCAUCUCCAGCGAUGACCUCUGCUCUGACCUGGAUGACACCGACUCAGAGCAGAGUCAAGUUUCUUCCUCGGAGGAGGUUGAGCUGCACGAUGCUGCUUUAAAUCACUCAAAAUCUGUUUGGAGACCCUGGUAGACGUCUUCCCAAAACAUUUUUGAUGAUUUAAAACUGUAAUAAGAAUAGCAGUGACCCAUUAGGUGUCAUUUUGGGUACAAUAGGUCAAUAUAAAUGUACAUAUUUACUUGUUGAACACGAGUUGUAUAGAAGAUAGAAGUACAUUAUCAGCUUUGUGUAAAUUAUUUCACCUUUUUGAAUGCUUUUUAAUGUAUUUAUCAAAUCUCAUGUUUUGAGUAGGCUACCCUGCCUUUAAAUUUUCCAAUAAAUAUCUUUGGUGAUG